GAGGCCUGGAGGGUCGAGGCGCCUGCGCAGUCGCGCUUCCUCAGGCAGCAGCCAUGGCGGGACAAGAGGAUCCGGUGCAGCGGGAGAUUCACCAGGACUGGGCGAACCGGGAGUACAUUGAGGUCAUCACCAGCAGCAUCAAGAAAAUCGCAGACUUUCUCAACUCAUUCGAUAUGUCUUGUCGCUCAAGACUCGCAACACUAAAUGAGAAAUUGACAGCUCUUGAGCGGAGAAUAGAGUACAUAGAAGCCAGGGUGACAAAAGGUGAAACCCUCACCUAGGACUGUGCCAUGCUGCUGCUGGGAAGUUUGCUUUUACAGCAGCCAGCCUCUCGUGGAAAAGGCCCCAGCAGCCUUCAGCUCCUUCCUCUCUCCUUAAAGAACAACAGGGCUUAUUCUUGUUUUUCUUUUUUUCAAAAGUGUGGCCUUUGGGCUCUGCCAUGCACACCCAGAAGUGUGAUGUGGCGUGUGGGGAGGAGUCUGGGGCCCUCUCGGAAACAUUGUUAGGCAUUUUACCUCUGCAGUAACGUUCUGUAGAACUACAUGUCAACACAUUUGAGGCACUGAGAGCCAAAAACCUGGGACUCUGUCAAGGUCCUCCCCACCUCUCUCUCUCUCUCUCAGUCUUUCCUUAUAGCUCUCAUUGCCUGUGCAUUGAUUCUAUAAACAGUCCUUGUCUUAUUCCCACCUUUGGCUGGGUGUGGGAAGCAGUCCUGGCUGAGAUGCCCUGGUGAGGUGGCUGCCAGAGAAUGUUGUUGCUAACCCACCAGUUUCUUGUCCUUUUGGGGAGGUCAAGGCCAGGCCCCCACUUGGCUUGAAAAGGGACAUUUUCAGAGUUUUCUGUCUGUCACUUGGGGUGUCUUUACCUCUCAUAUUUCCCUAAUAAACUCCUCAACUUUA